AUCAAUUGCGAUGAUCCGUCCCUCGAUGAAAUAUGAUCAGUGUACAGAGACACACAGGCACCCGAUUCGACCGGAAAUAUCUUUCCUUUUUAUUUAUAUCCCGAGAGGGUACUUCAAUUAUUUCGUCCAUUCCUCGUGCUGCAAAAAAAAAAAUUAAAAAAAAUCAAAAAAAAUCAGCUAUCAACAGUGAUUAACAGUACUGAAAAACAAAUAAUUUACUAUCAUGGGACUUACCAAACUCCGUUCUAUUUUUUUUGGCCUUGGUAAGGUGAAAUAUAUACCACCUUGUGUAUCAAUCGAUCAGUCAAAACACUAUUUAUAUCUAACCAAGUAUGUGUAUAUUUAGCUUUACCGUUAAUUUAUACAGUGUAAUAAAUUUCGGUUACACGUUGAAAACAUGGAGUUACCUGAGCGAAGUUCAGUGUUUUUAGCGUUGGCAGCUGGGGCAACCCUAAAAUAUGCAGCCCUUCGGUGGGUUGGAGGUCACAGACGUAAGGAGUUUGUUGGGAAAGUGUCAAAGGUGUUUGUUUAUCCGCUGAAAUCAGGACGGGAGUUACCGGGUUGUCUGAAAAAAGUAUCCCUUAAGAAACAUGGAAUCUACACAGACGGAGUUGGGGACAGGCAUUGGCUCGUCACAAAAAAUGGAGACAUGUGGACCAUGAAACAGAAUGCACGACUGACAUUAAUUCGCACAUCCAUUGAAGAUAACGCAGUCAAACUUGACAGCGAUGGAAUGGAGUCACUACGGCUACCACUAGAUCCUGUCAUUGACCCUGAUAGUCUUGUAACAGUUACUGUGAAACUAACACCACUACCGGCGUUAGACUGUGGUGACAAGGCUGCUGCCUGGGUGUGCAAGGUGCUACAGCAGGACGGGCUCAGACUGAACUACUCAGCCCCAUCUCUUGCCAAACGUUUGUCCUGCAAGGUACACAAGGACUGGCCUACACAAAUCCGAUCGUUUGAUGAAAUAGCAUUCCAAGAUUUCUGUCACUGUAUGAUCAUGUGCGAGUCCUCCAUGGAAGACCUAAACAAGCGUCUGGAGAAACCGCUAAAUUGUAUACCGUUCAGACCAAACGUCAUGGUCGAAGGGACUAAACCUUUUGAUGAAGAUAGCUGGCGAGAGGUCUAUUUUGGUGAAACUACUAAAGUAAAAUAUGUUGAUAAAUGUACACGGUGCCUGAUCACAACAAUAGAUCCAGAGACUGGGUUAAAAGAUAAAGAAGACCAACCAUUAAAAGAACUGAAAAAAUUCCGAUGCAUGGACCCGUAUGGUCCGAAACCUUGCAUGGGAAUACACACUUGUGUAGAAACAGAGGGGGACAUUCAAGUUGGAGAUCCUGUUUAUGUCAUAAGGAAAUAGACAAUGGAUACUCCGAUACUCUGUCUAAAGAAGAGACAGUAAAACAUAGAAAUCUAUGACAAUACUUUAGAGAUUCUUCUUAUGGCAAUAAGAUAUACACAAUAAAUGGUAUAUGCAACCGAAGAAAAUAGAAGAUUUUAGAACACAUGUAGCUUGUUGUUUCAAAUUUGGUGCUCCAUAUGUUAAAUAAAACUAAAUAAAAGAUUAAAAGAAAUAUGUAGAAGA